AUAUCCAUGUCAUGGGAAUUUCUCACAAGCAAACAACAAACAACCAAACUUCAGAAAUGCAAGUAGUUUUUCAACAAUGCCAAACUUACCAUAUGACUACAUAGUGGUUGGAGGAGGAACAGCAGGGUGUCCAUUGGCAGCAACACUGUCUAAAAUAUUUAGGGUUUUGGUGCUAGAAAGAGGUGGAUCACCAUAUGGAAAUGCUAACAUCUCACGCUUAGAAAAUUUCCACAUUAGUUUGGCACACUCCACACCAACCUCUCCUGUUCAAAGGUUCCUAUCAACUGAUGGUGUUUUCAAUCAUAGAGCAAGAGUUUUGGGUGGCAAUACUUGCAUCAAUGCUGGCUUCUACUCUAGAGCUCAGCCUAGUUUUGUAAGAAAUGCUGGAUGGGAUGAAGUGUUGGUGAAUGAGUCAUACAAAUGGGUGGAGGACAAGAUAGUCUUCUUGAAGCCAGCGGCGCCAUGGCAAAGUUCAGUGAAGGAUGGGCUCUUGGAGGUUGGAGUCACUCCCUUCAAUGGAUACACCUAUCAACAUAUCAACGGGACGAAGUUUGGCGGUUCUAUCUUCGAUAAGAACGGCUUCCGACACACCGCCGCCGAUCUCUUGGCCGCUGGCAACCCCCCCAACCUUCAUGUUUUCAUUUAUGCCACUGUGCAAAAGAUCGUCUUUGAUACCAAAGGUACAAACCCCAAAGCGAUCGGAGUGAUCUUCAACGACGAGAAUGGCAAUCGACAUGAAGCAUCUAUCAAAGCAGAUGAGCAAAGUGAGAUACUCUUAACCUCCGGCGCGAUUGGAACGCCGCAAUUAUUAUUACUAAGCGGUGUCGGACCAGAGGAAGACCUAAGAAAAAUGAAUAUUACGGUGAUACUAAACAAUGAACAUGUAGGAAAAGAGAUGGCAGACAACCCAUCAAACAACAUCCAAAUCCCUUCACCAGAAAUACAAAAGCAAACACUACUUCAAGUAGUAGGCAUCACUACUAAGGGUUUCUACGUUGAGUCCAGCAGUGGCUUUGGCCAAAAUAAUGACAGCAUCGUCACUAUCGAGAAUGGCAAUAUGUCUGAGGUAAUUUUUAUUUUAGAUUAUAUAAAUAAUAUUAUUAAUAUUUAUCAAAUUAACUAAUGUGAGACUAUUAUUUAAUGUAGUUAAAAAGAGAUAUUCCGAGGAGGUUCUAUUCUUGAGAAGGUCAUAGGUCCUCUCUCCAAAGGAAACCUCAGCCUUGUUAACACCAAUGUAACCAGCAACCCGGCCGUUACCUUUAACUACUUCGCCGAGCCCGAAGAUCUCCGGCGAUGUGUUGCAGGAGUUAGUUUGUUAUUAAAGAUUGCGAAAACAAGGCCGGUGAUUGAGCUGAUGGGGAACUUAAGUUACACAGAUGAGAUGUUGUUGAACAUGAGUGUGAAUGCUAAUAUAAAUUUGAUACCGAAGAGUGGGAAUGAGACAAAGUCAUUACCUGAGUUCUGCAAGAGAAGUGUGACAACUUUGUGGCAUUACCAUGGAGGGUGUAUUGUUGGGAAGGUGGUGGAUAGGGAUUACAAGGUCAUUGGAGUUGGGAGGAUUCGGGUGGCGGAUAGCUCUUUGUUUGUUGAAUCCCCGGGGACUAAUCCUCAGGCCACUGUUAUGAUGCUGGGCAGAAUGAUGGGAGUGAAGAUGAUCAGGGAGAGACUGAGAGCAGGCUAG